GUUGUUGACGUACUUGUAGAAAAUUAUCUCAAUGUUGUGUACAACUGUGCCAAGGGAGGUGUCAGUCGUCAAUAUUUUAACGAUCACGGCGCAGUUGACAUCAUUAUGCCAUACACCAAGGCCAAAGACAAUUCUACCAAGGCCCUGGCAGUAAUGGCUAUUGCUUACAUUCUAGAAGAAGGUGAGCAGAAUGAAUUAAUAGUGGCCGAUGAUAGUAUGAUACAUUACGUGUUGGCAAUGUUCUCAGAGGCCAUGGAUUGCUCCAAUAAAGUUUCACUAGAAUCGUUUUCUGUCGAAGAGCUGGCACAGGGACUAGGAAGCCUAGCAAACCACUAUGUAUAUAAACAGAUCAUAGUCAGACAUGGAGCUUUACAGUUGCUAGUAAGAUUGAUGAAAGAAGGAGACGACAAAGAGACAUAUUGGGCCAUUCGUUGUAUUCGGACGUUGGCAUUCAACGAUGAUAAUAUUAAGGAGAGGAUUAAGAAAGAGCCGGGCGCAAUUAGCACCAUUCAACAACUGCAGUCACAUGACGUACAGGAAACACCUGAGUUUGUCUACAACUACACACUGAAUAACCUUAGGCUGAAAAGUGUACAGGAAAUAAUAAGCCAUGAGCGGAUAGACACGGUUGUUGUUGUUGUUGGAUCACUGACAGAUGGUCAGCUGAAUCGCCUUGGAGUAAGUACUAUUGGAGACCGUGCGCGAUUGCGUGACAAAAGUCAAAAGCUCACUGCAGUAGAUGAGGUUCCUGUUGAUGGCGUUACUCGCGUCGUGGCAGGGACGGCUCAAGUUUGA